CAUGGACAGCUCCACGGGAUCACUUCUCUAGGAAACUGGUGUUCAAGACCCCUGGGAUCCCUAUAGAAAAAAUUCACCUCUCAAAUAAAGCACUUCUGAGAAACUAACUCUUUCUCACUGGUAAUUAGCUGACAUCAGACCUGCAAAGAUGGACAACAAAUCCUUCUUGGAUGGAAUGGUUGGAGUUGGGGACAUGGUUCUCCUGGAUUCCCUUUCAGAAGAUUUCCUUCUCCAAAAUCUUAAAGAACGAUUCAAGGAAGAUGAAAUCUAUACAUAUAUAGGAAAUGUGGUAAUAUCAGUGAAUCCCUACAAGCAACUUUCCAUCUUCACCCCUGAGAAAGUUGAAGAAUAUAGAAACUGCAACUUGUACGAGCUGAAGCCACAUAUCUAUGCUGUAGCAGAUGAAGCUUACCAGUCCCUGCGUGACCGAGAUAGAGACCAGUGCAUAUUGAUAACAGGGGAAAGUGGUGCAGGGAAAACUGAGGCCAGCAAAUUGGUGAUGUCCUACGUGGCAGCUGUAUGUGGGAAAGGAAAAGAAGUGAACCAAGUGAAAGAGCAGCUGCUACAGUCCAAUCCAGUGCUGGAGGCUUUUGGAAAUGCAAAGACUACUCGGAAUGACAACUCCUCCAGAUUUGGUAAAUACAUGGAUAUUGAAUUUGACUUCAAAGGAGAUCCUGUGGGAGGUGUGAUUAGUAAUUAUCUGUUGGAAAAGUCCCGGGUGGUGAAACAUGUGAAAGGAGAAAGGAGUUUUCACAUAUUUUACCAGCUGCUUGCAGGAGGUGGCAAUGACCUGCUAGGAAAACUGAAGCUUUUUCCUGACUGUAGCAAAUACAGCUACCUGAAUAGAGACAACAGCAGCCUGAAUGGAAUGGGAGAUGCAGAAAAUUUUGUGAUUGUUAAGAAUGCCAUGAAAAUUAUAGGUUUCACAGAUGCAGAGGUCAAUUCAGUUUUUGAGAUUGUUGCUGUUGUUCUGAAGUUGGGGACAAUUGAGAUAAAAGGCCAGUUCCAGGCCAAUGGUAUGGACUCCUGCUACAUCCCAGAUACAAAAAGUAUUAAGGAGAUUGGAGCUUUGAUUGGUCUGGACUCUACAGUGCUGGAAAAUGCAUUCAGUAUACGUACGGUAGAGGCUAAACAGGAAAAAGUGGUGACUUCAUUGAAUGCUUCCCAGGCGGCUUAUGCUCGUGAUGCUCUGGCUAAGAACCUGUAUGACCGUCUCUUUAACUGGCUGGUACAAAGGAUUAAUGAAAGUAUAAAGGUCUCAGAGUUUCAGGGAAAGAAAGUGAUGGGUGUGUUGGACAUUUAUGGAUUUGAAAUCCUGGAGGAUAACAGCUUUGAACAAUUUAUUAUUAACUACUGUAAUGAGAAACUGCAACAGAUAUUUAUCCAAAUGACUUUAAAAGAAGAACAAGAGGAAUAUGUUAGAGAGGGAAUUGAAUGGACUCCCAUAGAUUUCUUCAAUAAUGAGAUCAUUUGCAACCUAAUUGAAGAUGGCAAUAAUGGAAUCUUGGCAAUACUAGAUGAGGAGUGUCUGCGCCCAGGAAAUGUUACUGAUGCUACAUUCUUGCAAAAGCUUGGCCAAAAAUUCAAGAACCAUAAGCAUUUCAAGAGUAAGGCCACUCAGAAUGAUAAGCGAAUCACUGAUGUCACUUUGUCUGAUUAUAGUUUCCGCAUUGAGCACUAUGCUGGCCAGGUGACGUACAACACCAAUGGCUUUCUGGAUAAGAACAAUGACCUUCUAUUCAGGGACCUCACCCAGGCCAUGUGGAAAGCAAAGCAUGAGAUGUUGAAGUCCUUUUUUCCAGAAGGAGAUCCAAAGAAUGCUUCCCUUAAACGUCCACCAACUGUUGGCUUCCAGUUUAAAGGUUCUGUAUCAACACUUAUGAAGAACCUUUAUGCCAAGAACCCCAACUACAUCAGGUGUUUGAAGCCCAACAGUGUGAAGAAACCAUCUCUGUUUGACGAUUCACUUGUAAAAAUCCAGGUCCGUUAUCUGGGACUACUAGAAAACGUGAGGGUGCGUCGGGCAGGAUAUGCCUUUAGGCAGGUGUACAAAACCUUCCUGGACAGAUACAAGUUACUAAGCAGGAAGACAUGGCCCAAAUGGAACGGAGAUGCUCGUAAUGGAGUAGAGACCAUGUUGUCAGACAUUGGUAUUCCUUCUGGAGAAACAGCAUUUGGACGAACCAAGAUAUUCAUAAGAACACCAAGCACUCUGUUUGACUUGGAAGAAAGACGCAGAAAACGGAUGAAUGAGUUGGCAACAUUGAUCCAGAAGAUAUUUCGUGGAUGGAUUUGUCGUCGUCACUAUCAGCACAUGCGCAAGAGCCAAAUUAUCAUCUCUGCAUAUUACCGAGGCUAUGCACAAAAGAAGAAAUAUAAUAAAAUGAAGUUCUCAGCAUUACUGUUGCAAGCCUAUGUCCGUGGCUGGAGGGCACGUGUAUUAUUACGGGGUCUGAAGUACCACAAACGCACUGAAGAAGCAUCAACUAUUAUAUGCGCUUAUUGGAAGGGAUAUCAGGUGAGAAAGAACUUCCGGACAAAAUUCCGCUCCACAGCAUCAACAAUGCUGGCUAAUUUUAUCUACCGGAGAAUUCUUCAGAAGUUCUUGCUCGGACUGAAGAGCAGUCUCCCGUCUAUGUCCCCAGCAAACAGCACUUGGGUACCUUGCAAAUACAAGUUCCUGUCUCCUGCUAACGAAGAACUUAAGAGGAUAUUUCAGCACUGGAAGUGUAAGAAAUACAGAGACACUAUCACCCCACAACGCAAGGCUCUCCUUCAAAAUAAAUUGCGCGCCAGUGAAAUCUUUAAAGACAAAAAGAAAUCAUAUCCUGCAAGUGUCCCCAAACCAUUUCAAGGAGAUUAUUUGGGAUUACAGAAAAAUCCCAAAUUUCAGAAGCUUAUUACCUCUGUUCCUGGAAAAUUAGUGGUUGCUGACAAUAUUAAAAAAGUUAAUAAAGGAGAUGGCAAGGAAACUGCAAUGCUCAUAGUUCUGACAGAUGCACACUUAGGCCUAGCAGAUUCAAAAGGACAAGUCAAGUUUCUUGCCAAACUUGAUGAAAUUGCUAGUGUUUCUGUUAGCAACUUUAAUGACGGUGUAUUUGCUGUGCAUCUAUCUCAGACAGCCACAGCGGGAUCUAAAGGCGACUUCUUUUUGAUUAGUGACCAUGUGAUAGAAAUCGUAACUCAGAUCUACCAAUUGGUACAAGAAGCAACAAAGAAGAAGUUGCCCAUGCAGAUCACCGAUGAGUUUGCAGUGAAAUUUAAGCAAGAUCCAGUAACUAUAAAAUUUAUUGAGUCACCUGUAAAAAAUGGUAAAGGCCUUGUAUGCAAGAAGAAAGGUAGCCGAAGAAUGGAAGUGCUCGUACAGUAAAGGGACACUGGAGUACAAGAAAUUACUCUGGAUCUUCAUCUAAACUUCAUCCAACCUACAUCAAUGAGGAAAGCAACAUUCUGAAUAAAUAAAAGAUUACGCUAAUAUUAAACUUUUGCAUCUUGUCAACAGCUUCUCUUAAUAGAGUGUAAAGGUGAGCGGGGGAAGGAAUUUAAAAAUAAUUAUUUUAUCCUUCCUUACUUGUUAGUGUGUUUAUAGGCUUAUGGAAACCAAACCUUAAUUCACUACAUUUCCAUUCGUUCUUCUAUUUUCACGAUCUCACUGCAUCUAAUGUGUCUGUCAUACCUAAUGCUUCUCAUUAUCUGUGACUAGUCUCACGUUGAAAUGCUGCAAUAUGGCCACCUCAGAACUUACGUGUCCGCCAUUCUGCAGUUGUCAAUAUUAGGGCAUGAUCUCUGUAAUUGCACAAAAAAUCAAUACAGAGACACAUACACAAAGAGGAAUGAAGAAAUCCCUAUAAGUUAACUUUAGUAUUUUCUCUGACUUUAUUCUCCUUCACAAUAAAAAUAUAUGUCCUGAGGAUGUCCAAAACUCUCAUGAACUGGGUGAUGAAGGGAAAUUUUUUUAAAUGGUAUAAGAGAACGUGUUUGAAAAAUCAUUAUGAAAUAUAAUUUUAUUUUUAAAUGAUAAAACCGGGAAGCUUAAAAAAGUUUUAUUCUAUAUUGACACUAAAAUAAACAAAAAAUGAAAAUCUAUGUGUAUCCUAUGUCAUUCUAAUGAGCUUGUUCAUCUAAGUUAAGAACAAUUUUUUUAUAUAAAUUCUUGAACGUUUUCAGUGUUCCUGUUUAAUUCAUAUCAUCUAAUAAAUAUGUGGCAUCAUCUAUUUCCAUGUUAUUUGAAUUGAACAGUGAACAGAUUAAGCAUUGAGAUAGAUUAUCUAAGCACUGUAGAAGAAUUUUAACUCCAGGACUAAUUUAUUCAUAAUGUCUAUUGUGAGGGAAAGAAUUAUUGAAAGUUCUCAAUACUUAAUGUGCAAUAUAACAUUUCCAAUGUAAAUAACUUUCACCAAAAAAGUGCUUCUUGAAUAAUUAUGAACUGUGAUGUUAUUAAACCUUGAGUUUGUUUCACAAGAGAA